AUGAAGAUUUUGUUGAUUGCUAGCUUUGUUUGGUUAUAUGGGAUCAUUGGUAUAAUUCCUGAUUUAGCAGACAGUGCUUCCCUGGAAAAAUCGGAGUCGUCUCCUGGUACUGGAAAAGUGUCCGGUGUUUUCCAGGAUGUUCCCAAUCGAGACAGUUCGGUACGGUUGUCUAUGGUUCUGAAAAUUCAAAAUUUGGCAAUGGAUGCCAAAGAUGAUAGGAAUAACACUCAAAUUGAACGGAAGAUGCCUAGGAACGUAACAAAAGAAAUGAGGAAUGUGAAAAAAUGGCAACGGAGGAUAGAAGAUGAAAUCUCAAAUUUUGAAAAAGAAUUAAGAUCUGAAUUUACUAAGAACUUUGAAGAAAAUUUUAAGAGUUUUUCAAUAUAUGUUAAUGAAACAUUGGAGAUCGUCCCACAAGACUGCAUGGAACUCUUGCAAAGCAAUCCCGAUUUAAAAGGGAAAAAUGGAAAAUACGAAAUAUACCUGGACGGGGAUAAGAAAUCCGUGUACUGUGACAUGAGUACUGACGGGGGAGGGUGGACGGUAACGAGGCCAUACACUUACUCACAAAGGAAGGCAGGAAUGAACUCCGUGUUGGUAUUGAGAGAUAUAACGGUGAAAAAAACCUUUGCUAGAUAUUCUAGUUUCUCAGUAGGGGACGAGCAGAGCAAAUACAAACUCAGUGUAUCAGGUUAUAAUGGAACUGCAGGGAAUGGACUAACUUAUCAUAGCGGAGCAAAUUUUACAACAAAAGAUCAGGAUAACGAUGAAAGAGAGUAUGAAAAUAGUGCUGAAAUACUUCAAGGCGGUUGA